AUGGAAUUAAGUUUUUAUUUGAACAACCUGCACUGCGAGAGUUGCGAGCAGAUUAUUCGCCAAGUCGUUUCUCGUCGUUUUGACUGGAAGAAUGAAUCUAUCGAUAGCGCUAGAAACAGAAAUGACUAUGUGAGCUACAAUGAGUUUUCGAAGGGCUCAAAACUCAAUCCUUUUAAGUCUCAGAAGCUGGGCCAUGUGCGGUCUUUUUCGUGUGACGUGAAAACCGGACUGGUACUGAUAGUUCUUAUGGAAAAUGGCGUCAAGAAGGACGUUGUAAGUACAGAUAAGUCCUCUUUCGUAAGUGACAUUCCAAAUGUAAUCAAGAGAGAUUUCGAGCUUGCGGGAUUCGAAGUACGUGAAAUCCGGGUAGAGUCAAACGAUACCGUAUCGGAAACCUCACUCAGUGUUGGUUCACCAUCGCUGUGUCAUCGGGGCAUUCUACCGAAACUUGGAAAUUUACCACUGGCCAAGUUCAGAAGAAGGAGAAAACAUACAAGAUACUGUAAAGAGUGCUAUUCUUUGGCGCGGAAAAGUGACAAUGGGAAAAUAGAGUUCAGCACCACGACGAACAGUGACGGUUUAACUCAGUAUAGGGCCAUUUUCGCCAUUGGUGGCAUGACAUGUGGUAACUGUGCUGGAAUUGUUGAAUCAGCGAUUAACAAAGUUUUGGUAACACAAGAUUCUGAAGCUAAGGUUUCGGUCAAUCCGGUCGACAAUACUGCCACUGUGGUGACCAAAAGUAAACAACUGGUUCAAGUUAUCAUCGAUAGCGUAGCUGAAGCUGGCUAUACUGCUCAGCUGCUUGAAAUUCUGCCUCUCGCCAGUGAGCGACGAUUCAAGUAUUCUGCAGCCAUUGAUGGUAUCACUUGCGCUGCUUGUGCAUCGGCCAUCACAUGCACUACCGAACAGUUACCUUACGUGGAAGAAGUAGCAGUAAAUGUCCUUUCAAAGUCUGCUACUUUCAUAAUAAGCUCAAUUGAGAGUAGCGUGCUACGAGAGCUUCGAGAAACUGUUGAAGACUGUGGCUUUGGUUUUCAGCCGCUCGGUGAUCCAGAGAGCGUCGAGCAUGCUUUUGCAAGAAGAUUGACCAGAAGCGUUAAUUUGAGAAUCGAUGGAAUGUUCUGUACGCAAUGCCCGGCGAGCGUGAAUGCUUUACUGUCCGAUUUUGACAACGCAGAUGUAUUCAUUGAAAAGCCUCUGUCCCUAGAAUCUCCUACCGUCAAAUUCAAGUAUACACCGGAUGUCGAUAACGGCGUCACGAUAAGGAGCAUUAUAGCCAAAAUCUUGGAAAAACUCUCUAGUGGCAACGAUUCAAACAUUAGGGUGACUAUUGUCAAAGAAAGGACAUUCGAGGAGCAGUUGGGAGCACUGGCUAUGCGCGAGACAUACAAGAUAGCAAUCAGGUUACUUGCUUCUUUGAUUUUCGCGAUACCCACUUUUGUUUUCGGAGUGCUUGGGCCAUCGCUCCUUUCAAAGCACAAUAAGUUCAGAAUGUGGUUGGAGGAGCCCAUUUUGGCUGGCAAUACAUCGAGAAUGACUUGGGUGCUGUUCUUUUUGAGCACACCAGUCUACUUUUUUGUAGACGACGUUUUCCAUAGAAAGGCUAUUAUGGAAGUAAGAGCACUCUGGAAACAUAAAGAGGAUUGGAAAAGGCGAAUAUUUAAGUUUGGAAGCAUGAAUCUUUUGGUUUCUUUAGGCACUACAGUUGCAUACUUUGCCAGUAUUGCAAUGCUCGUGAUUUCUUCUACGGAUGCUCAAACAAGAAGCAGAGCGGGCUAUACUACGACUUAUUUUGAUGCUGUGGUGUUCCUCACAUUUUUCCUUAUUGUGGGAAGAUUGCUCGAGACGUACUCAAAAAAUAGAACUGCUCAAGCUGUAAACGAUCUCAAUCUGCUGAAGCAGCACGAGGCGACUUUGGUCGAUCGCCAAGACGAGGGAAGAUACGUUGGCGAUAGGAUAGUCGACAUUCAGUAUCUUGAGCUUGGAGAUUACAUCAGAAUUUCACCAGGUGAAUCACCAACGAUGGACUGUAUUGUCGCUCAAGGAGCAACAAGUUUCGAUGAAAGCGCUCUCACUGGCGAAUCGAUACCUAUAGAGCACAAACCGGGUGAGCAGAUAUUUGCUGGAACCGUUAAUGUUGGAGCCGAAGCAAUCAUUGGUAGACUUUGUGCUUCGGAUGGAGAAUCUCUGCUCAACCAAAUUGUCAGUUCAGUACGCGAUGGACAGCUGAAAAAGGCGCCUGUUGAGAAACUUGCAGACUCUUUGACGGCCUUCUUUGUCCCAGUUAUCGUUUCCAUUGCUAUAAUUACGUGGGUUAUAUGGGUUUCCUUAGGGUUUAGUGGCCAAUUGCCUGGGAGCUACCUUGAUGUUAAUGUAGGUGGUUGGACUGUUUGGUCCUUGGAGUUUGCCAUAGCAGUGUUCGUCAUUGCUUGUCCCUGCGGUAUAGGACUGGCAGCACCUACAGCCUUAUUUGUGGGCGGUGGGCUUGCUGCUAAGAAUGGAAUAUUGGCAAGAGGUGGAGGGGCUGCAUUCCAGGAAGGCUCUAGAGUUUCUGUGGUUUGUUUUGAUAAAACUGGGACGCUGACCGUCGGAGGCGCUCCAAAAGUUACGAAUUAUUCUAUCCAUAGCAAUCCGUCCAUGAAAAAGGUAGCUAUUCAGGCUGCAAAAGAUCUAGAGCUUGUAUCGAAGCACCCUAUUGCAGUAGGCGUCAAAAGCUUCCUUGACCAAGAAUUUGGAGACUCAAUUGGACAUGGAAUGAUACUUUCGGUUGAAGAGAUUGCAGGGAGAGGGCUCAAGGGAGACUUUGUUCGCGAGAAGGAUGCUCUUUUGGGUUCGGGAGAAUUGGUAUCACCUGAAAGUGCAAUUCUUGGUAACGAAACCUUUAUGGCGGAGAACAAUUGCCAUUUGAGUUCUUCUCAGAUAAAAAUGUUGGCAGAUUGGAAAGCUGAAGGGAAAAGUGUUAUUGUUGUGGCCAUAAAAUCCAUUUCUUUCUUCAAAAGCAAUGCCUUCUUUCCCGUAAUGCUUUUAGCGGUGAGAGAUCAAAUCAGACCAGAAGCCAAGGGCGUGAUCAAGGAGCUGCAGAAAGAGGGUAUCGAAUGCUGGAUGAUUUCUGGAGACAACAAAAUGACGGCGGCGGCCAUUGCCAAGGAACUGGGGAUCGACAAUGUUGUAGCGGAGGUUCUUCCCGAAGAAAAGGCGAAGAAAGUUUCGUGGAUUAAAGAGACCCAUCUCGUGCGCAAAAAGUCGCCCGUGGUAGCCUUUGUUGGGGAUGGAAUCAACGAUGGACCCGCAUUAGCUGCUGCAGAUGUGGGGAUUGCUCUAGCGAGCGGAAGUGACCUUGCCAUGAGCGCCUGUGACUUUGCAUUGCUUUCAGGCACCCACACUCUGUGUUCACUCUUGACCUUGUUGCAGCUGUCUCGAAAAGUCUUUCAAAGGGUAAGGUUCAAUUUUGCAUGGGCCCUAGUCUACAACAUGAUCGGAAUACCAAUUGCAGCAGGCGUCAUUUAUCCUUACAACAACACGAGACUAUCGCCCGUGUGGGCGAGUGCUGCGAUGGCUGCCUCUUCGGUCAGUGUUGUAAUGAGCAGCUUGGCAUUGCGGAUGUAUAGGCCGUCGUCAGUUUUAAAAGAUGAGAACCAGAAAUUGAUCUUUGACCGUUUCGUUCCCAUCGCAGAGAAGUUCCCAUAA